ACCCGCAUCCUGAAUUAAUCUUAUUGCUUUUCUUGACUGUUGUAACCUUUGGUAUGCUGUAUGCAGCUAGCCACAAGUAAUUGUGUUUCUCUGCUAAUAUUCCGAAAGCUCUAUGUACUCCCCAAGAUUCACAGUGACCACCAUAACAAUGGUUACCACACGCUUAGUAGCCCUCUGCCGGGUCUUCAUAAAUUUUUUGGGCUCGUGAAUUCAAAGUAUGAUGUCUAGCAGCCAACCACCUGAAAAGGGAAAAAUACAUUUGCUCCCCAUGGUUUGCAUUGUCUUGAUCCGAUUUCUUGGUGAGAGAGCUCUGCUCUACACUCACCUAUCAACUUACAUGCAGGGUAAGAAGUUCAAAUAUAAAGGACAUGCUCAGGAGGAAUCCAGCAGAGCUGCUGCAUCAGACAUCGAUCUUAAUCUCGCAGACAGCGAUCAAGGUUCAGUUGAGAAACCUGGUCAAUACCAAAUAUCUUGGGCUAGGCGUUCCAGUGAUGGAGCAGGUGAUGGAUUUGUCACAUCCAUUAAGGACCUUUUCAAUUCUCAGCACCGCAAGGCCAAGGCACUUGUGUUACGGACAAUGAGGUCCCAAACAGAGAAUAGGUCAAAUGGGGAAUGGAGUGAAAAUGAUGCAGAAUUCUCUCCCUUUGCGAGGCAACUAACUAUAACUAACGCAAAGAAAUUUAUUAGAAGGCACACGAAAAAGUUCGGCUCAAAGGGACAGAAAGGUGUAUCUUUCCAGCAUAAAGAAUUGCUUCCAUCAUCCUCAAGGCAGACCACACUACCUGAAAGUGAUUCUUCGUCUAGUGGAUCGCCACCUCAUGAGGAUUUUCAUGAGUAGAAGAGUUUCCUGAAGCCAUAAUUCUUCAUAGGUUAAAGAAGUGUGCAGGUGAAAGUCCCUUAACAGCCAAGGUUGGAGAGCGUAUAAACGGGUGGUGGUUGAUUAGUAAUGCUUGGAGAAUUCAAGACAUUUCCAAAUUAAGUCAGUUUUCUAAUGAUCGGGUAACGUUGCAUUGUUGGCCCGAGCUUAUGGUGCAGACCCUACGAAACAAAAGCAGGGCAAACAACUGAUGGCAUUAUGAAGAUGAGAAUUGGGAAUCACAGAUUGAUUUCUCCCCUCCAAAUAUACGCAAGGUUUUUUUUUUGUCAAAUGUUGGGAAAAAUCAAGGUUUUUAUUGAUUAUCUCCUUCGAAUAAAACAUAUGGGCUCUUCAAGAGUCCCAUGGAAAAUUUUGUAUGAACAAUCAUCCAUGUUCAAGAUCG